AUGGCCAGCGAAAAAGUUUCAAGAGGUCGACCGGUUUUCAUUUUGGCGGGUGGUGACAUGGCCAAAUUUGAGAUUGACGAGUUCGAUCCUGAAACGUUCACACAAGCAAUUUUUGCAUUUGUCCAUGUCAGCCAAAAAGUUUCUGGAGGUCGACCUGAUUUUAUUUUGGCGGGUGGUGACAUGGCCAAAUUUGAGAUUAACGAGUUCGAUCCUGAAACUGGCACACAAGGUUGCUUGAGCUGGGCUGAGCACGGUGGUUGCAAAAAGAGCCCAUGCUUCAUUGUGACAUUUUGA